AUGCCCGCCGUUGACGAUGCCCAAAACACUCGAUCGGUUUGGCAGGUUCAGUCCGUCCUCGCUUCUUUGGACACGAUGCUGAGAACCGCGCGAUUCUUUCGCCUUCCGCUCGCUCCAAUCAAAGCGGCGCUCUUUAGUGCUGCGAGGCGUAGCCCGGCUGCUGCGGCAUUCCGUGCUGCUGAUCCGACUGCCAAGUGCCUGUCGACCAAGGCGGCUGCGACGACGAUCGUUCAACGUCCGGAUGCACCAAAUGGUAGGCGGGGUCUGUUUGAUCUGAACCUGCCCUUGGUCAACCGGCACGAUAGCUUAAAAGAAGUUGUCGAGAAUCUGGCCGACAAAUCCAAGCGGCCUAAGGGCAUGUUGUUCACUCUACCUCAAAUGUUCGGCUCGGGCAAGACAAGCUUUGUGGAGCACAUUGGCAAUGAGCGCAAUCCCCACGCUAAGGAAAUCCUCGAUUCGGCCCCGGCAAUCAAAAGGCCGCUGUACGAGUCUGUCCUCAACGCACGCUACAUCCUCAUCGACAUGAGCAGCAUUGACGGCAAUGUCGUGAAUAAGAACAUGGCGACAGACCUUCAAAAGUUCAUCCUUGCCCGUGUUCGACAACUGCUCCCCGCCGCCCGCUCGUUUGUCGCCGAAGGCAUGUCCAAUUCCAUGAUGCUCACAGAACUACAAAAGCAUGCCGGUGUCCCUCUGCUCCUCCACUUUGACGAGAUGGGCGCUAUCGAAUAUUCUGACUUCGAUCCGUGGUUCCCUGGUCCUGAGUACCGCUGUUCCAACCCGACUGACGUGUUCGCGCCGAACACUGGAGCCUUGCGUCGUCACUACACGUUUUGGUCGGAUUUCCUUGCACCGCUACUCAACCUCGACAAUGUGUACAUUGUGUGCUCGGGCAAGUCGGUCGCAUUUAGUCUCAUCCAGCACGGGCUUCUCAGAGCUGACCCUCACAUUGCCAUGACAUCGCCGUCAGAAUUGCAAACGAUCAUCCUGCCUCCACUUGGCGGCGAGCACAUUGAAGAGAUUCUGAACCGACACCGCCCUGAUGUCAGCUCCCCAGAGCUGAUUGAUACCCUCGGUCUGCGCGACAAGCAUACUCAACGCAUUGCCUUCACCGAAUGCGUUCACACUCUCACCGCUGGUGUGCCACGUCUGGUUUCGUAUGCGCUGCAAGUGCUCUGGGGCAGCGGCAUCGACUUUGGCGCCAUGACACCAGACGAGAUCCGGGCUGUCUUCCUCUUGAACUCGCUCGAGAUGACCGCUGUGAUCAGCCGCCCGCAUGAUCCACGGUAUCUGGCGAGCGCCAACAUUGUCCGUCGGGCGCUCGCGGGUGAGGUGUUCGAUCCCAAGUCAACAAUCGAAGUCCGCGUUCCAGGAAAACCUGACCCUGUUCAAGUUCAAGUUCUACUCCUGUUGGACAGACUCUUCUGUUACACCAAGCCCGUGGAUUCCUCUCGUGGACCUCAAGUUCAAGUCAUCCUGCCGCAAAUUGUUGGCACUCGGAAGGAACUGGCUCUCGCGACCUUGAUCAUCGAACUCGCAGGCACCGUCGUUACGUCGGAGACACUCGAGGUGCUGGCGUUGUGGUCCAUCUUUGCUGCACUUUACCGAGCCACAAUUGGCGACCCCAGUAGCAGCUGGCUGCUGGCCCAAUCGAAGGGCGUGCUUCCUCAAGCAGUGCUCGACUCGGAUGUCGUGCAGCAUAUUCUCCAAACAUCUGCGCCUCAUCAAGGCAUUGGCUUUGACGAGCGGACGCUGAGCAAGCGUGCGGGCUCGAUCACCGUCUCCGUUGCACACGCGACCAGCGCGAAGCGCCAUGGCAUCGACGCAGCUGCAUUGCCGGAUCAGUUGGUGGCACGACUCGUGGAACUCCGGACGACAAUUCCGACUGGGCCUAUUGCGGUUGUCGAGUGGAUUGGCAAAGCGUCCCAGUCGUCUGAUGGAAUGAUUGCUGUUUGCACGGCCGCAAGCCCGACAGUGCAAAACACUGUCUGGAUCGGUGUUGCCUGCAAGCUUUUCAAUCGAAACAAGAUGUCGUUCACCGGCCCAACCAUUGUGAAUGAGGACAUUGAGCGUCUGAGUCGCCACUUUGCUCAUCUUGAGAAGAACCUCCGACCGCGCCAACUUCUCAUCUCGGUGUUGUCCAGGCCACCAAACUACCUCAAGCCUUCCAUGAAUGGCAAGCUGCUCGAAGGUCGGGUCACACUGUCCGGCGCAAAGAACAAGAAGAAGAAGGAGGUCAAAAAGAAGGAAGUCAAGAAGAAGAAGGAGGAGGUCGUCGAUGAGGAGGAGCUCGAGGUCAUCGAUAUUCCCCCGCGGAUGCAAGUGGCGCUUUGGGAUCUCGAUACUCUGAACAACGUUGUCGAUCCUUCUCAUGCAAAGCCUCUAAGAAUGGCUGAGCCGGGCCCCCGUCACGAGGAACGUAAGGUCAGCGUGUGA